AUGCCAAGCGUGAGGUCGAGAAAUGCAGAGCUUAAGGCCAAGUUCGUAAAAAUUAUUGAGGAUAUCAAGAAGCAGGCAAGAAAUGAUAUUUCUUUUGAAACAAUUGAUACUCCCGAGAAAAAUGCGACCAAUGAGUAUUCAAGUGAUGGAGAAAUUCCAUUUUUAAUAACAUUAUUACCAACUAUUCAAGCUGCAAAGGUUAUUCCAUUUUGUAAAUGUACUUGUGGUGAAAAUUCUACAAUUUUUGCUCUGGAAGUAGGUACUCUUUGUUCAGAAUGUAAUAAAGCUUUUUGUAUACAAGAAAUGGGCGACGAAUGUUCUGGCGUUAAUAAUGAUGACUCUGGUAAUGUUUGUGACAUUCAAGCAAUUGCAACAUGUUUUGAACGAGAUUCUUACAAAGACGAAGCAAUAGUUUAUUUUUACAUAAUAAUUACAUGUGGUUUAUUAUUUGCAGCAUUAAUAAAACCUUUUAUUGAAGAAUGGUUAAAGAGAACUAAUUUUUACUCAUCAAUGCCAAACAGUUAA